UUUUCAGGGGAGAGGAGAAUGGGCCCACAGCCUCCCAUGGGAGAGAGUAAUUUGGGUUACGGGUCCUAUCGAUGAUAAAGUAGCAGCAGAUGUCAUUCGGAACCUGCUAUUUCUCCACAAGGAUGACGAUAAAAAUUAAAAGAUCCACAUGUACAUCAACAGUCCUGGUGGUGUCGUGACAGCAGGCCUGGCCAUCUACGACACCAUGCAGAUAAUUCCAAACCCCAUCUCCACCUGGUGUGUCGGCCAGGCAGCCAGUAUUGGCAGCCUGCUCCUGGCAGCGGGAACCAAAGGGAUGAGGCAUUCACUGCCCAACGCCCGUAUCAUGGUUCACCAGCCAACAGGAAGCUCCAGUGGUCAGGCUACAGAUAUCGCCAUCCACGCUAAGGAGAUAAUAAAGCUGAAGAGACAGAUCAAUCAGAUCUUUGCCAACCACACAGGGCAGCCACUGGAAACUAUUGGCACAGUAACCUGCUCGAGUUUGAGCUGGUUGUCAAGCAAACUCCUGAAGCACAUUCCCCAAAACAGUUUGGUCUAACUGUUGAUCAAAUGACUGUCAUCUGAAAGGAGUCAUUCAUAGAGACAAACCCACAGAGAAUCAUCACCCAGCGCUGCACUAUCUAAAGGUUUAACAACUGCUGCAGGUGAUGAACAUGGAAGUGCAACUUCAACUUACUGAGCUGGAUCUUUUUCCUAGAGCAAAAGUAGGCUGAUAAUAAAUAGUGGUGUUUAAAACUCGCCCCCUACUGGCCAAUAAAAUAAUAAAAUCAAUUAAUGCAAUUAAAAUUGUGUGACAUGUAAUCCCAUAUCCCCCUGGUAUUAGGUUAAAGGUCAUGUAUAUCACCUGUAAAUGGCUACAGGAGAGAUGUUCCCAGUGAUAUGAUGUAAUAUUAACAUCAGUAGAUACAAUGGUGUGACGUGCAAAUUUUUUUUUUUAAAUGGGAGGUCGUCUGUGUUCAAGAACAGCAGCUCAUUUCUAUCAUUAGAGAGGAGCAUAUAAUGCAGUGAUCAGUUGGAAUAGGCCUUUUGUUAAUGAAUGCUCCAUUUC